GCUUUGUAACUUAGUUUCAAAUUGCACUGUAAGAAAAUAAUGGUAACUGUCAAGUUUUCGGUAUCUGCGACCACAGAUUCGACAGAAUUCGUUGGAAUUGUCGGCAAUGCUUUAGAAUUGGGAAAUUGGCGACUUGAGGGAUCUAAAAUCCUGCAAUUUAAUGAAGAAUCUUCUAAAUGGAGCCUUGAAGUGAAAUUUGAAAACUGUUCAAGUGUAAAAUAUAGAUAUUUUAUCGGGGAUUAUUUGCAUGACGAGAGUGAUAAUAAAACCAUGGUUGUGCGGAAAUGGGAGAUUGGUCACGGUGAUAAAGUACGAACUACUGAUAUCAUCCCAGGAAAGUCUCAGGAUGUUGAUGAUGGAAAUUUUGGUGUCGUAAAUGGAAUAAAUAUCGUUGAUCAAGGUUGGUUAACUGGACAGACAGAAGUUCGGUUCAAUAUCAGUCUUACAGGAGCAAAAACAGUAGUUUCGUGGCACAAAAGUUUUGAAAAAAACGUCGGUGAAAAUCUCAUGAUUCUGUUUCAUCCUGAUAUAGAAAAUACCAGAGUUCAAACACGGUUGAUCAAACCGUUUAAAUUUGAGACCCUCGAUGGAGGGAUUGCUGUUGAUUUACCUCAAAGUGGGGACGAAGUUUUGACUUUCAUCACCGAAACUGUUCACAUCGAUUCCUUCUCGGCGCAUUUUAUUAUCUCUGAUAAGUCUAGAAAGUAUCUUGGCAGAGCUAGCGUUGUCGGCAGUAUGCUUGACAAAAGUAUUUCUUACCUAACCUUAGCGAUUUUGGAUAAUAAUGGAAAAGGUAUCGGAAGUUUAAAGAUGGAAUAUAUGGUUAUAACACCAUAUAAGAAUGAUGAAAUUACAAUGGAAAAUUCUUACGGCACCUACUGGAAAAAACGUCCUACUAUUCACAUUGGGCAUCGCGGUUCAGGGAAUUCUUUUACUGCUGAAACGACGUCGGAUCUGUUCGAAAAUACUAUCGCUUCGUUUCAGAAAGCGGCGCUGCAUAGUGCUGAAAUGAUCGAAUUCGAUGUACAACUUACGAAAGAUAAAAUUCCUGUUGUUUUUCAUGAUUUUACAAUUUGCACGAACGUUGUUUCGAAAUUAGAACAAAGAUCAGGGUCGUUACAUGAAGUUGAAGUUCAAAGUUUAACGUUCGAUGAGUUACAAACGUACGCUACUCGGCAUAGAUCUAGAAAAACUGACACUAGAGAUCCAAAAUUCCACCAAGAUGAUCUUCAUCCGCAUUUCAGACCGUUCCCAUCCUUGCAAGAAGUAUUCGAGGCUGUCCCUGAACACGUUGGCUUCGAUAUUGAGUUGAAAUGGCCACAUUAUCAUGUGGAUAAAACUUGGUAUCAUGACGUUGGUCGUUAUUAUUACGACGCUAACGAAUUUCUAGAUAGUGUUUUUGACGUUGUUUUCAAACAUGGAGGAAGUCGCGUUAUCAUGUUUUCAUGCUUUGAAGCUAACAUUUGUACCAUGAUACGAAGAAAACAAAAUAAAUUCCCUGUUGUGUAUCUCACAAAUGGAGAUAGUUCAACUGAUAUCCCAUUUAUGGAGUUAAGAAGCCGUUAUAAUCGUCUUGCAAUCCCGUUUUGUUCUUCAGAGAAUUUCCUCGGUCUUUGUACAGGUGAAAAAGACGCUUAUUCCGAUCCUACCCUCGUUGAAAAGAUUCACAAUUCAGGACUGAAGUUUUUUCUGUAUGGGGACAAUAUCUGUAAACCAGAAAAUCGUGAAAUUCUCACAAAGCAAGGAGUUGAUGGAAUUAUCUAUGAUCGAAUACAUAAUAUGCUACCAGAAACAGAAAAUAAGCAGUGAGAAAAAACUGAAAUAUGCAACUAGAAAAUUUUAACAAAAGAUUUUUGAAUUAGCUAUUUGGACCUUGGGUGUCGCUGCUCGAUAACCAGAUUUGGUUCCUCGCGAUUUCCCUUCCCCCCAGAAAAACUGUUUAAUAUUCAUUUUCUCAUAAUUUGUGCUUGUGUGAUAUUUUUUAAAGAUUGUGUGUGUUUGGAUGUGUGUUUUUUGUUCAUUUAUAUAAUUUGCUCAAAAUACCUCUUUAAAUCUAAGAAUGGUCCAUUGUGUGUCCAAUGGUGAAUGUCGCCUCUUCUGCUGAGAUGGAAGAUGUGGAAUGAUACUGAUUAAAUUUGUUUAUUGAUUUCCUUAGUGUUCCUAGGGCCAAUGUGCGUCCUUGACUCUUUUGUGGCUUUAGAGUAGUGGUUUCCAAACCGCAAGCCAAUUACGGACUGUGUAACGAUUUUAUAUGGCUCGUCGAACUUAGGGAAAUAGUUCAAUGCUUCAUGUUUUUACUUUUUAGUGUUCGAGAUACCGCCAGUUGUUACGGCAUUAUCACAAUUUAAGUCUGUGUAUAUUCAUAACAAUUUAAUCAUACUAAUAUCUUAAUUAUAUACGCUAGUACCAGUGUUCCGUCUAAAGUGUGCGCAUGUGCGCGCGCACACAGCUUUCAGAGGCUGCGCACACGCAUAGAUUUACUGCGCACAGACCUAUUUCGAUGUAAUGUAACAAUGUUCUCGGUUGGCAGGUUGAGAAAGUUUGUUGUUGG